AUGGGCAAGAAAGAAGCAGGAAAGGGCGAGUGGUGGCGUGGCGGCGUGGCGCUGCCCCACGGUAGUGACCCCGCGGCAUCGAGGCAACGUGCAAGAAAUGGAUUCUCGAGAACCCGACUGACCCUGCUUCGCGACGACCAAAGCACAGUGAUACCCAGCACAGCUGCAGCAACGCCGUCCAAUGCGCUGGGGUCAAUAUCCGUAGCUGGCAACAGCAACGGCAAUGCCUCUGCCAACGGCAGCUGGGCCACUGCCGGAGAUGUGCCGGAAAUGCUGCUCUUGAAUGAGGACACCAACGCUGACGAUUCGCAUUUGAGCCUUGUCAGCGUCAACAGGUCGCCCAGCGCGCUCGAGCCACCAUGCAGCAUGGCCCAGCGCACGCCUCCCGCCGCACAACCGCCCCCGCACUCCUCAGCCACGACUGAUCGGCCCCCACCCACCCUUCCGGCAACAAGUGCCAGCAAGCUCGGACAAUCAACCCCCUCCUUGCAGUUUCCUCCUCGCGGACUGCCACAGCAUAGCCAAGCCCAAACCAUGCAAAUCUCCUCCUCUGCCGCCUCCUCCGCCUUGGCACCCGUGACCACCCAAGCACCCAGCCGUACUGCCAACAGCGAGACCCUCGAUAGCCUCUCCAGCUGGGGGAACUUUGAUGAAGCCUCCACUGGUCUACUUAAUGACAUGCUUCAACUCGACCAAAUCGACAGCCUCUGGGACCACGUCACCACAGAUCUGGCCUCCCAACCCCCUAAUACCUCAACGGCCACGAGUCGCGUGGCAAACCACCCUGGUUCCACCCAUGCACACGCCUUGAAUCGCCGUCCCCCCACUCGCCAACAGGUCCCACAACCCCAUGCCAAGCGUGCAGCCCGCCGACCCCUCGUCGAUAGCCACGAAGGUGGCAACCACGAUGCCAGCCACGACGACGAUGACGACGCUCGAGCCGAGGACAAUGACGUGGAUGCCGACGACAAUCACGAUGAUACAGACCCCGAUGCGACACUCAACCACUCUGGCCAUCAAUCAGGUGUAUCCAAGGCCUCGACCCCCAACGAUGCAUCCCACACCUCCAGCCAGCAGCGCUUCACAUGCAAGCUCUGCGGCGCAAGCUAUGUGCACCGCCGCAGCCUGACCAAACACCACCGCCUCAAGCACGCGGCCAAGCGUGACAACACCUACACCCAACUUUUAGCCCAUGAUGGCCGACCUGGUGCGCCGACCGACAAGCUGGGCCGGCUGGAUCAAAGCCCUCUGUCACCUCAAUUGGCUUCCCAGGCUUCUUUGUCAGGCAGUCCAGGCUACUAUGGCCCUGUCAAAAGCCCAGGGCUCCAUUUGCCCCACCUGCCCCCACAUUUGCAGGCCAAAUUCUUGGGCAUGGACUCGGCCACCAGGCUCCAGCAACUCAUUAGUGCACCCACCACCAGCACCCCAGCCGCCUUGGAUGCUGGUACCGCUCCUGUGCUGGGCCACCCACACCUGGCCCGCCACGGCAUGGAAACUGGUCCAGGCCUACAUCAAUCUUUCCCCGGAGGUCUCGUCGAUGGCGGGCGCGUGCUGAAUAAUCCUGCGCAAACCAUGGCCAGCAACAACGGCCCGCCUUUGCAACCCAGCCAGAACCUUGCAGGAUUGAUGGCCAGCGCUGCCAGCUCCCUGCCCAGCAACGCCAAUAGCCCCAACCCUAGUCUGCUACGCCCAUCCUUGUCGAACCCUGUCCCACCAAACAUGCAGCAAAUGCAGGCAUCGCGCCUCCUCUCCCUUCAACAACAGCAGCAACAACAACAACAACAACAACACCGACAUCAGCAACAGCAGCACCAUCAGCACCAUCAGCACCACCAACAACUGCAGCAACUGCAGUUUCAGCAGCAACUGCAACUUCAACAGCAACAACACCGUUCAAUCCCUACCACCAUGGGUGUGACCCUGCCCGCGGCCACGGCAGACCCUGCAGCACUGGAUAGAUCAACCACGAUUACCCUCUCUCAAACAGAUAUGAACCAUGUGAUGCAAGGUAUGGCUGCAGGCAACAGCACCGCGCAGGGCAUUUACUCGGCCAUUCUCUUGCGCCGCAUGCAUCAGCAAGCAGUGCAUACCAUGGUCCGUCGUGUUGCUGAAGAUCUGCUGUCCGUGCACCGCUGUCCGGAUCAAAUGGGUCCAGACCAACUGGCUCGCAGCAUUCGAGCAUAUCACGUGUUGCAGGCAUACCACAACAGCGGUACCAGUGCUCCCUGA